GAUCGACGAAGCUGGAAAAGUGUGAAAACAGUCUUAGGACUUCGCAACGGUGAAAAUUUUCGUGCGUAGAAAAUUUGAGAAAAGUGAUGAUAUUUUGGGGCUUUCGUUACUGAAUGAAUUUCCAGCGUGUUCUUCAUGAUGGAACUACUGGAUGCUGGUAGAUAUAGUGAGAGUUUUCAUGAGAUUUUCGUUAAAAAUCUCGCAAACAGGAAAUGUAAGGAUGAUAAAAUUAAGCGUAAGGAACGUGGUAUUCAGGUAAUUCUGGACGGCGAAACGUUAUCAUCGUGGAUCGAAGUCGCGCCCAAUGCGUCCAAGUUCGCCAUCUACAAUGCAAUCCGAUCGAUUGUACUGGAGGCCGAAACCAAGAACGCCAGACUGAAUCUGUCGGGUGGAUCAUCGAGUAAGCUGGUCAAAUCAUUUUGUUACCAUCAAAACUCCGGAAAUGAUAACGAACAAAAUUGCCUGUCGUGCAAAGAGAAGGUCAAGGAUGUCGGCUCGUUCAAAGAUACGGAAGUUCCGGAAUUCGAUUUCGAAGAUAACUUCGAACCCGAGGAACUACAAACGUUUAACGUUCCUAAGAUCGUUGGAGCAGGGUUGGAAAGUUUGUUUGAAAUCAUAUCGGAGACGAGAACGGAACAUCCCAGAAUAUGCACCAAGGCACUGAAAUCUCUGUAUGAUAUAAUUCAAGGACAAGAUCCCGAAAGUUUCCGCAAUGAACCGGACAAGCUGUUCAACUCGCUGUACGAUAUUUUGCUCGAGCUAGCCACUAUGCACAGCCAAUCACCUGCCAAUGCUAGCCUUCAUAGCCAAAAAGAUGCCAACUGGUCUUCGAUCAGUUGUUCGACACUGUUGGCGCUCUGCAUCGCCAAGGGGGACACCGGCAAAGUCCUGAAGGCCAUCACCUCUAUCCUAAUGUCACCGAAGAUACUCUCGGGGCAGUUGAUUCAACUGCCGCUCAGUAUCAUCAAAUUGCAACGUAGCGUUCACUCGGUUGCACUAGGCAAGAUGAACAUUCCGGAUUACUUUGCUUACGGGGUUUCGCAAAAUAGUUUAAUCGAUUACUUUACCAUUAAGGAUUACAUGUUCGUGGAGAAGGUUUUCAAUCCGAACUGUAUCGCUUCCGAUGGAAGAUACAUUUACAUAUUGAUCGCUAAGUCGUUGGUGAAAAUUGGAUCCGGUUUCAACGGGACGGUACCGGGAUUCAUCUACGGCAUUGCCAAAGACUUUGGCAAAGAUCGCAACGAGUGGAUAGGAUUUUGCAAUAACAAAUUAUUCUACAAAAAACUGACGAAACGGAACAUGGAUAACCUUCUAAUAGUUGACACCGAAACUCUUCAAAUAACCGGUUCAGUACAAACACAGACAUCGGUAUCGAUGAAGGAUGGUAACAAUUGUUUGCUGUUUUCCGAUGGCGAGUCGAUAUGUUGCAUCUGUACGUCUUCAGGCAGCGACAACUUAUUGGUAAAACAGCUUUACUCGAAAAACUCCUUCGCCUUCGAUCUCAGUCUCAAGCUGGCAAAGAAUGGAUUCCAAACCUUAGGAUAUUCUAUCACAGAAGAGGAAAUUUUGAGCGAAAAUCAAUUGAAGAAAAUUCAAAGUUCGUGCAACAAUUUCAUUCCUGCCUUGCCCAACGAUGUUAAUCUGAACGGUAUUUCGUGCGGCAAAGAGUUCGGACUGGUACUGGGAAGUAACGGGAAGGUUUACUACUACGGAAAAGGAGCCAGUCUUGGUUUGAAGGCGGUUGGGAAAAAUCCUAGUCUGAAACUGAACGAGAUCAUCAUCUCGAAAACAACCAACUUCACUCAGGUUGCUGUUGGGCACGAUGGAGUUCACGCCCUGCUCUUGAAUGAGGAUGGAACAGUUUACUUUGCUGGAACUGCCCGUAGAGGAGAGGAUGGCGAGCAAUCAAAAAAUCGUCGACAACUUAAAGCGGUCAAACCAAAGAAAGUCAGUAGAAUCGAUGGAUAUUUUGUCACUCACAUAUCCUGCAACAAUGGAACAUCCGCAUUCGUUACUAAAGAUGGCAAGCUGAUCAUGUUCGGCAAAGAUACAAACUACUGUGAUUCAGCGGGCAUUGUCACUGGGCUAAAUGAAGUGACAAUUGUAAAAGUUGGACUGGGAAAAGCACACUGCGUAGCUUUGGAUGCUAAAGGACAACUGUAUACUUUUGGCCUUAAUAAUAAGGGUCAAUGUGGAAGAAAGUUCACCAAAGACCGCAGUGGUAAAAAUGUUAAGAGGUUUUGAUAAUUUUAUCAAGCUUUUGAUGUGUUUCUUUUUGCAGACGAUACUUUCGAUCCAAAACCAAAGCUGCCUACAUUCAAGCCAAUGUGCCCCAUAGAUGAACACACCAUCGUUGACGGGAAAUGCAGGAUUUGUAAUGUUUGUCGGGAGUGUACUGGUUACAACACUGCUUGUGUUUCUACCAAGAAAACCUUCGUAAACGAACGAAUUCCUGGAACACCUUGUGCAUGUGGUCAUGGAAGCGCUGGAUGCUCAAAAUGCGGCAGUUGUAGUACGUGUGUGGCAUCACAAGAAAGCGGAUCUUUGCCUUUCGAAAACAAUGCUGAAGUUCAGACCAACGCGGAAAAGGUGAAGGAAAUUUUACAGCGGAGAUACGAGAACCUCAGGCAUGGCGAAGAAGGAAAUCAGUUCUCCGACGCCGAUACUCCUCGUGUGGUUCCCGUUCCGCCUCAAAGAGUUGAACUGGCUACGAAAAGCCCAAUCGUUCAAAUUAGUUGCGGCCUCCAUCACACUGUGGUGCUGACGUUGUCCGGAGAGGUAUUCACCUUCGGUAGCAAUCAAUACGGGCAACUGGGAACCGGUGAUUUGCAACCCAUCUCCGGAGCUCACCUGGUCAAGAUACCGCACAUGGUAAGCCAAGUGGCUGCCGGAAGUAAUCAUACGGUUAUUCUAACGACCAAAGGGAUCGUGUACACGUUCGGAAACUACCAGAAGGGACAGCUUGGUAGAUUACCGGGAGAAACUAAUUUGGGCGGCGGAGUGGACUUGUUUGGUGGGCCCAAUUCGUCAAGCAGAGCAGAUCAAGCGAAUGAGCGACCAUCGGUGGCAGAUAUUCUGCUUCAAAGGCAGAAAUUUCUUUGGAACUGUUCACCCGGAGCUGUCACCGGCAUUGGACCAUCAACGGGAAAGAAAGCUUCCUGGAUUGGAGCUAGCGGGGAUCAGACAUUCAUCAAGAUUGACGAAUCCCUUGUGAAUGCUUCGAUGCUUUCUAAAUUCAGUGUCGUGGCCGAUAAAAACACUAUUCUGUUGAUUCCGAACAACCAGUACACUUUGAACUCGAUUGCCAUCAACCGACGGAAUGGUAGUUGUAAAGCCCAUAACAUCAACCAAUUCGACUUCAGAACGUGGCUUGACAAAAUUGAUGAGAAAGAUAACUUGGCAGGGAGGAAGAAGGCAAAGGCUCAGCAACAGCAACAACAGCAACAGCCUUACCACAAUGUGGAAGCAAUUCAUGAGAACCUGGAACUUGCCCUAUCAGAUUCAGAUUUGUGCUUUGAGUCCAAAUAUGGCAUAGAUGGGAGUAAGCAGCCGAAUGUCAAUCUCGCAUUUGCAAUGGAUCCAUGCUUCGGAGUUCUGUGGGGUUUUGAUAGUGUUUCGAAGACUAUGAUGUUUUUCAACGUGAUUGCUUCGGAAAUAUCACCCAAUGCAGAGAAUGCAAAAGAUUUAGUUGCGAUCCUAACGCCGGAAAUUGCCCUUCCAACACAACCGGAUUACGAGGUGACUCGCUACCAGGCCUCGCUUAACAUUCUUGCUACUCUUGAUAUCCUGACAACAAAUCAAAAGAAUCUUAAAAAAUGUUUCGUGCCUUCAGAAGUGGGACUGAAGAUAAGCGUGGAUGGUAAAGAAAAUUGCGAAUACAAUACAGUCUGCCGGUUCGAAAAUUUUGGCGGAGGGUGGGGCUAUUCCAGCUACAGUGUUGAAGCUAUUCGUUUCAUGUGUGACUCGGAUGUUAUCAUAGCUGGCUUCGGUAUGUAUGGAGGACGCGGUGAAUACACAUGCAAAUUGAAACUUUUCGAUCAGGGAUACGAUGGAGGUGCCAACGAAAAAGAUGGCGUACUGAUAUCUGAAGUAGAAGAGGUUCCCUUUGAAUGUCCUUCGAAGUGUAAAUUCAACAUAACGCUGCCCAGUCCGGUUACAAUCAGCGCAAAGCGUUGGUAUUUGGUGCUGGCCAAAAUUUCUGGUCCGUCUUCGGAUUGCGGUUCAUCCGGGCAGUCUAGUGUUACCACCUCGGACAACGUGGUGUUCCAUUUCAAAACGUCCAAGAAAGCCAACAACGGAACAAAUGUUAACUCAGGACAAAUACCGUCCAUCCUGUAUCGAACCGUAUCUCAGAACAGUAAAGUCGUUUUCCCAACUGUUGCUGCAGACCCCGUUUGUAAGCUUUCCAAAGUGUUCGCCAAUACGCUGACAAAGGAUUGCUUCGAAAGCCUCGUUAUGCUGUUGAAUUGGUCUUGGAGCUCGUUCAAAGUAUCCACCACGGAUUUACUAGAAACGCGAAAAACCAAUCAAAACGUAAUAUCUCUAAACCGAUUAGUUUACAUCUGCAAAGCUAGUUUGAGACUUCUUAGGAAAUACAUCAAUGAGAUUUAUCCGUACAAAGGGUUUAACAAUGGCGAGAGAACUCCAACUAAGACUAAAACUGUACCUUCAAGACCCGAUUCAAAACUGGAAAAAUCACCUAAGAACAAAGGAUAUGAUGGGAAUGCAUUGUUAUCAUCUGUCGACAGCAAAUCAGAUCUUCUCAAAGUCAAUGACAUCAACAUUAUGGAAAUCAACACACCAAUGUCAAAUAAGAAAAUUGCAUCGGAAAGCAUUCAGCUAGCCGAGUGCAUUGGAGACGUAAGAGCUUUGCUAACUCAGAUUCUAUGCGAUGAACUUCCUUACCAGUCGGGCAAUGAUAUCUGCUCUAUGAUCUUGGAUGUUCUUGACGAAUGUCACACAACGUUCGUUAGCUGCUUCAAUGCAUUUUAUCCAACGUCUUUCCUCAAAUGGAACUGCAUCUGCAAUCUUCUAGCCCAAAUCGAUAAAGGUAUUUUGCAUUCGCGCCUCCUAAGUGGUGUACUCGCAGGGUUAUGUGACCCGAACAUCAAUUUACGAUCAACAUUCUCUGUACUGUCUCCCAAUGUCGAGUACAAAUCUCUGAUAAGUCCAAGCGACAAUUUGGGAUUCCCAAUGUUGGUCAGCUCAGAAAAUUACCAAUAUCCCAUUCUCGUGGAGCAGAUGCUAUAUCGAACGCAGAAGGAGAAAACCAUAACCGGCAUCUCGUGGACGUUCAAGGAAGUGCUGAGCCGUUUGCUCGACAUCAUCUCCAAACCGAUACGCCUGAAGAUUGAGAACAUAUAUAACAACCAGGGCGCUGAUAUCUACAAUGGAGAUGGCAUGAAACGGCGUUUGAACAAUAAUCUCAUCACAAAUUCGUGUCGUCUGCUGUCGAAAGUUUUGGCCGAAAUCAUUUAUCAAAAUUGCACAAUUGAUACCGAAACAGCAAUUGUCCCAUCGAAUGUUUUGCAUUCAAGCGGAAAUCGCUUUGCCAAGGUAGACGUGAGCAAAACUUGGAAUACAGGAAAUUUCGGGCCUGAUGCAAUCGCUUUCACAGUCGAUCGUCCGGGAAUUUCGAUCGCCGGAGCAUGUGUUUAUUCUGGAUCCGGGAGCUACGAAUACCAACUGGAGCUGCUGUAUGAUAGCAUGGAGUCAAAGAGCCAACUACAACACAAGUGGGAAGUCAUCGAAUCAGUGGUUGGAGCCUACGAACAAAGCAUGGUCAAAAACUUUAUGACCGAAAUUAAGUUUGAUCGCGCGAUCAACAUCAAGGAGAACGUACGAUACGCUCUUCGCCUUUGCUCACAAGGAGCUCGCACGUGCUCCGGCGAUGGAGGGUUUGCUGCAAUCCGUGGUCCGUGUGGGGUUACAUUUAAAUUCUAUCCCUGCGAUCUGAGUUUCAAUGGAACAACCCCAUCCAGGGGACAGAUUCCCUGUAUACUGUAUUACAGCAUUCCAUCGAUCAACGAUAGCUACUCGGGAAAGUAUAGCAAAGAAUCACAUGCCCGCGACAUCGCACUUCAAAUAUCGACAGACGUUACGUCCAGAUGCAAAGACCUGUUGAUUCAUGCCCGAAAUGCCAUAGCAUUUUCGUCAACUUCAAGCGAUAAGAGCUCAAAUUCGUCCCAUAAUACGCAUACUGUGGACUCGGAGCACAACAUUACUCCAAUCGAGGAGCAUUUAGAUAUUGCUUGGAUCAACAACUCAGAUAUCGCCAAUGUUAACAACGUUACAAGUAGUAGCUUUGACCAUAACAACUCUUCAACUGCAAAGGACAUAACGAAAAGAAUUGAGAACUUUUCGAAAGGUAUAAUCGAAACCUUGAAGUUUGAUAAGAAGUCAAGAAACUCGAUAGAUUUCGACAUCGAAAUCGAAAUUGGGGCUGAAGAGAUCACGCCGAACGAUUACAUUGACGAUCGGAACAAUAAACUGGAUUCAAUAUCGAAUGGGAAUGCUUCUGGGUUAGGUAUGCACAGCAAAGCCGAUAAUUUUUCCAUUCUCAACGAUGCCGGAAGUGACGCGGAAGAGUUCAAUCAUCAACUCAACCAAGAGCGUAUUAUUCAAUUGUUUUCUGCAGAAGAUUCCUGCUUGUUCACGAUGCUACUGCCACUAACGUUUGCACACAUUGGACCACUUGUAUGCAGCAAUCUGAAAAGUUCUGUUGAAGUAUUGGGUCUGAUUCGUGGCAUUUUGCCACAUGUGUCGGCCCUGAAUCAAAUAAAUAAUUUCAAACUCUACGAUCUUGGCAAACCGGACAUGGGUGAAGCUAUUCGGAAAAGUAUGAGCACAGAUCAGAACGAUCUUUGUACGACCAGCCACUACUAUUGCAUUGUCGAAAGUGAUCAUCCCUACAAAUCCAGUACCGUGGCAAAUUAUCGCGUUGAGUUUCCUCAAAACGUUCGUUGGAUGACGGUCGAGUUCGAUCCGCAAUGCGGCACGGUGCAACCGGAAGAUUAUGUCUACUUGAAAGUCCCACAGGAUCCCGAGCGAAGUGGAAGCGAUGCGGCACCAUUCAUAAAUGACAAUUACAACUCAACGAUCAACUCUCGCAAAAGUAAGGAAGUUAAGUUGGAAGGUACUGUGAAGACGGGAGGAGCAGUUAAAGCCAAGAAGACGGAAAUUGAGUGGAUCAAUGUUAAGAAAUUUAACACUUCCCAGAAUUGGUGCAACAACGCUAUAGUUCUGCCGGGUAAUAAGCUAGAAAUAUCUUUGGAAACGGCAUCAACUUACGUGCGAGAGCAAAAAGGAAACAAAUAUGGAUUCAAAUGUUUAGUCAUAGGCUAUGACAACAAAAAUAUCAUGAAGUACCCAAGCACGUCGCUGAUACACUUGGAAUAUGAAUUAUCGUAUCUAGGGGGUCUAUGCAGUGCAAAUCUACUGAAGAAGGAUUUAGUAUUCUCUGAUGAUCUCACGGAAAAUAUGACAAACAUCGAAGACACUCUCAAGAAGCAUACAGCACUUCUUUCGAAAGGAUUGAUGGUAGCUGACUCUGUUCUGACCAUAAACAACGCAUUGGAAUCCAACUUGCCGAUCACAGAACAAAGUUACGAGAAGCAAUUCCUCAAGGAUUUCAUCUACGUGGCGGCCGGAUCUCCGGGAGCUCGAUUGGCCGCAUGGCUUCAGCCCGAGUCGCGUCUGGAUCCCAACAAAUGCGAAAUAAAAAUGUCCCAAGAGCCGCUCCGCUGCGGAUGGCCUUCCCACUUCAUAAUCGAAACACGCGAUCAGUAUGGUGAUGAAAUUUUCGUACCGGGAAUCAAGGUAAUUAGUUGCCUCGUUUGCAGGCGUAGGAGACACCAAAAUGUGAUGACCAAUUAAAACAAUAUUUUACAGAUUGAAGUGAAAGCCACGCUCGGUAGUAAUCUCAUUUCCGAAAGCAACCGUAAACUGCACAUAAAGUCACGGAAUGAUUCGCUUUAUUUGGGGGGUGCCACCUUGCCACCGAAGAUCAGCUACGAGUGCACCUUCAAGGAGAAGGAGAAAAGCUGCUUAAAAGCAAUAACCGCAAUGAAACCCUAUCAGCCGUAUUCGUUUGAAGAGUUGCGCUAUUGCAACUCGAUCCAGAGCAAAACCACUGAGAUGCUAACCGCAAACGAUUUAGGAAACAACACCUACGGUGUGUUCUGGACGCCAAGCGUCCCGGGAAACUACAGCCUAACGAUCACCAUAGACGGCGUUUGUGUGGAGGAGAUUUACCGGGUGGACGUGAUCGACGCCGGUUUGCCACCGUUAUCGCAAGAAACCACACUGAAGAAGGUUCAACCACCGACUAAGCUACGCAAAUUUAUUGCAAAGAAUUCUGCCGGCUUGCGGGUAAGGCUGCACCCUACUCUGCAGUCGGAUCAGAUCGGAAUCGUCAAGCUGAACGGUAUUGUUUCGUACAUUGAUGAGAUGGAAAACGAUGAUGGCCUGUGGGUGCGCUUGUCAACGGAAUCGAUUCGCGAGCACUGCACGUCCAGUUGGUUCCCCACCGAAGCUUGGUGCUUGCAGUACAACCAACACCUAGGGAAGACCUUGCUACACCCGAUUCUGGAGUCGAGCUCAACCAAAGCUUUGAUGGAACAGGUAGAUCAAAGCAGUCCCACAACUUCUGAUGCUAACGAAGAAAAUGAGAACACUAUUGAUUAUUUUGAUUUUAUGAAGACGGAUCGUCCCGGUGAUGAGGGACCUGGGUCUGCAAAUGGCGAGGAACCGGCCACUGUCAAAAUGCUACCGAUCACUGACGCGUCGGAAGACAGUUCCGGCAGUGCGCCCAACAUCAACAUUGCCAACUUGAACCAGUCUAACAUCGGGGCUGCCAUAGCGGGGGUGGUCGGCGGAGGCGCCAAGAAGAUGCAAGCCCUUCAAAAGUGGCUCAAAGGGGAUAGCUUCGAUGAGAAUGACUCGCCGAGAAAGCGUAGGAACGAUGGAGGCGAUAUGAGAGCAAAUGGCAAUAGAUCAUUCGAUCGAAGCAGAAGUGUUAGCCCGGAGAUAUUCUCAUUAAGACGAUGUGAUUCUGCUAGUAGUACUAAAUCAGAUGCUUCGAAAAACUUAACGCCCAAAGCAGCACUAAAAUCGGAUGAUAUUACUGAGGAUCGAAAGUCAACGGAAAACCUAUCGGUUCCCGAGACAGGAUUUGCUUCGGCCAUACCGUUCAACAAUAAAUCGUUGAAAAUAGAAUCCAAAGAGUUGCCCAAACGAGCGCUUUCUCCUUCGAUUGCGGAAACUCUUAGAGCGGUAUUUUCCGCUUUCCUAUGGCACGAAGGUUUAGUUCAUGAUGCCAUGGCGUGUGCAUCGUUUCUUAAGUUCCACCCCAGCAUAUCGAAAAAGGAAAGUGAAAACAUGCCUGUAGGGAACCCUCACGAAAACCUGCUUACCAGGGAGCAAAAGGUUCUUCAAAGACAUUCUGUAGAAAUAUCCAACGCUGGGUCAUAUCUGAAUAUAAGGCCGUCUACCCUGGAGACGCUUGCAAAAAUUGGGAACUGCUGUGUUCAUAAUCGGAAGCUGCGUAAUCGGAAUGCGGAUAUCUUUUCUUCGAAGGACGGCGAAUACCCUCAACCUAGUGCAUUACCGCCGGCUCUCCGUUGCCUUGUAUAUGUAUGGGAUCAGCUGUGCUGCAAUUUUAUUCAUUUGGUGGAAACCAAUUCUAAUGAUAAGGAAAAUGAUUUUAGCUCUCUGAAGUCGAACAAAUCGGGUGAGGAGAAAUCCUCAAAUGCGCCGAAAGUACCCGGACAGAAAAAAGUGGAAGAUGGGUGCUGGUGUGAGCUGUGCGACGUGUUCUUGCCCAUCCCCGUGACCUACCAUAUGCGUAUCGUACAUCCUGGCUGUGGGAAGUACGCAAAAGGAAAGGGGUACAAUUCUAUCGGUGUGUAUUGCGAGGGAUGGGCCGGAAACUGUGGCGACGGAGGUCAAGGUGUCUCCAGUUGGUAUCUGAUGUGCGAAAAAUGCAGACAGAAAUAUGUCAAUUCAGCGAAAGUUUCCAAUAAUGUGAAUUAUAAUGGUGCAAGUAAUAAAACGGAAGGAGGAUCAAAUGUUUUGAUAGGUUUUGGAGCAGAAUCAACUAUUCCUUCGGAACUGUUUACGAUCAUGAAGGAAAACUCUUUUUUCUUGUUGGAGUUGAAUUCCUACAAUGGAGGUCUCAUUAAUAAAUCUUCCAAUAAUGCAUCUGAUGGUGCUGCUUUACAAGAGCAAUCCAGUAAUCGAUAUAAAACGGGGGAUCUGAAUGAUUCGUAUGAUUCAAGUUAUUUUAUUGAGGACAAAAACAUCAAUUGGACUGGAGGAGUGAAAAAGGAUUCAUACAAAAAUCUUUACGAAUCAUCUUCGGAACUACUGUGGCCACCGCCGGAAAUGUUAUCCUGUUUGGAAACUCUUGGUGCAAAAAGCAACAAUGAUCUAUCCUACAAUCUAUUAGGGAUGAACAUGACCGACAUGCAUGCCUUUGAUUUCAAGGUUAUCGAAGACGUUUCUAUGGAAGUGACUGAAUCCUACAUUAAAAAUUUACAAACUUCACCAGCCAUUCCAUCGACUAGCAAAUUUCAUCGGAGUUUUUCCAUGGGCCAAGGUUGGAACACGCCACAGAACAAACUGAUCAGUGACUACAAUCAGCACAGUAAACUGGAAAAUGGAGCAAAAAACGAAGGAACACCAAAUGUGGUGUUGAGACGUAAAAAGCAGUGCACGUGUACGAGCGGAGACUCCAACCUGUUGAACUAUCCUUCUGUUAAUCUGCAAAAGCUGGUACCCGACCACCUUCUUAACAACAGUUUUUCCAAAGAAUCAACUCCUAACAGUAGAAGCAAGAACAAAGUUAAUAGCAAGAUCAAUGAUAAGAACAACAUUCAAACUAAUCCCCGAGCUGCGCUGAUGGCCAAUGGAAAGCGAGCGGAGGAUAUAAACUUUUCCGAGUUUUUAGAACUGUAUCAUAACACAUCUCGAGAGAGUACUGAGAAGAUUAAAAAUGCAGACGACAAAUCGGAUGGGAGUGGUUCGAACGGUUCCAACUCAGCGUACAAGCUAGACCUGCAUGCUGGAGCACUCUCUCUACUCAAUAGACCAUCCAUGACAUUUAUGUUAGAGAAGCACGACUUGAAGAAAUUGCGAUAUUCCAUGACUAGAAAUCUUAGGAAAACUGUUUGCAAUAUUUACAGCCUACAGGCUUUAAAUUGGCUUCUGCGAUCGGUCACGCAACCUAUCGGAUUACACGAUAUAAUGUGGUGGUUCAUAUCUUCCUUGUCGUACUCUACCCACGACAGUGAAGACGAACCAAAGCUCGACGAAGGAGUACUCGGUCUCGAACAUCCUGGUUCAAAUCAAUUCAAUGGCCCGCUCUCUCAAACGUUAUCCCAAAGUCUACACUGUCUACUGCAAACUAUUGCCGAUCUCACAUUGCUGCUGCCGUCAGGGUCAUCUCUUCAGAAAACUGCCGUCCAGUGCUUCGGUCUGAAGUUCAAACAGUCCGAUCAUCAGUUCCUACACAGAUCCCAUGUGUUCGGUAAUAUCUCCAAAAUAUUGUCGAAAUCGGAAGAACAAAAUGACGACAACCUUGCGCCAUCCGUCGCAAUGCUGAACUCCUAUUCCAAUGCGGCGGAUCAGGAUGAGUCAAUUAGGAUAAGUUUACUCAGCGAUGUAACGAUCGCCUUCGAUCUUAUUGUAUCGUCUAGGCCAGCUUUGGCCGGUUCUCUUCUCGACAAUUCGACCGAAACGUUUUGGGAAAGUGAUGAGGAAGAUCGCAACAAGCCCAAAAUCGUCGAGCUUUCCAUGAACAGGCCGAACUAUAAGUGCAAAGCAAUUUGCAUACACAUCGACAACAGUCGCGACAUUGGGAGUAAAGUGUCCAGCAUCCAGCUAUUCGGUGGAAGUUCAUUCGGCGAAACCUCACUGCUCAAGACAAUUGAUGUUGAUCCGCUGGCAUGUUGCUGGAUUACGGUGCCAGUUACGGAAGCAGAGUGCACCCAUUAUCGGUUGGAAUUUCGCGGGCCGGAAGCCACUCUUCGCGUGAGACAGCUGAAGUUGUUCGGAUACUCUGUCGAAGAUAAGGCAGCACAGCUCAAGCAGAACAUUAAGUCAACUAGUGCAAACUACAUUCAGCAGAAAAAUUGUGAGGCGGAAACUUUGAGGGUGUUCCGUUUACUCACUGGGCAGGUUUUCGGAAAAUUGAUCCUCGAAAGCGGCAAAAGCUUCGGUUAUAACACACCUACCUCAUCCAAAAUCAACGAAUCGGCGGUCAUUUCUUCAUCAACUGAGUCACUGGACUUGCGGGAGCACAUGGUCGGAAUUCUGUUCAGUCGCAGCAAGUUGAGUCACCUUCAAAAGCAAAUUAUCGUGCACAUUGUGCACGCCAUACAGAAGGAAGCGCUUCGCUCUCGAGAGGAAUGGGAGCACAAUGUCAUGUUCAGCGCCGACAAUGAAACAGACUUCGAGGAGAAUCUCAAAAUUAACGAUACUUACUGUUUCGAAAUGUUGAGCAUGGUGCUUGCCCUGUCCGGGAGUGCCGUGGGGCGUUCGUAUUUGUCUCACCAGCACGGUCUUCUGAAGGACCUGUUUUCUCUGUUGCACACUGGAAGCGAUCGGGUUCAGCGCCAAGUAACUGCACUGAUUCGCCGUAUUUUGCCUGAAAUUUCUCCGGAAACGUUGUGUGAGCUACUUGGAGUAGAGAAAGUUCCAGAAACGGAUUUCAAUCUACUUAGCCAGAACAAUGAAACUUUCAAUAUGAACAAAUGCGGAAUUCUGGACAUUUUCUUAGCCGUCAUCGCCAAGGCUCUCCAGGUGCAGAUAAAAGUCAAGAACAACUCCAACAAAAAUCCCCCCUCAAUGAAGCUUUGGCGAUAUAUGAACAUUUGCAAGAUAGACGAGUACGAGAAAUCUACGUUGAACAAGCUUUCACUGACCAACUCCCAGAUUAGCAGUACGGACCCGGAACGUCCAACGACGACGCUCGCUACCAAGGGAAGCAACAGUCCGGCAGUGGAGCAAUACGACUUUGAGGUUUCCAGCUCGGAUUUUCUCGACGACAAAACCAACGAUGAAAAUUCCGUUGACUUUGAUGAGGCAAUAAAAUCCAAGCCGGGAAUUCGAGUUGAACCCGUUAUCAAACCUCGUUGGUUCUUGAAUGGGACGAUUUCGUCCAAACAAGCAGAAAACAUCAUGAUAUUGAUACGUGACAUGGCACAUGGGAAACUGUCGGACAAGUGGUCCAUGAUUACGAAGGCCGCCAUCGCUGAGUGUAUCUUGAACAUCACUCGGCUAUCGGAUGUAUACCGUGUUCCGGAAACUUGCAUGACGACGCCAACGCUGUGGCUGGCUUUGGCUAGUUUGUGUGUUCUGGAUCGUGAUCAUGUGGAAAAGUUGUCUUCAAGUCAAUGGUCGAAACAGUCGGAAUCUCGUCCGCUGUGUUCAAAUCAUGAUGACGAUGUUACAUAUGCCAUGAUCAUAUGCAGUCUAUGCGGUUCGUUGUGCUCGGAUUGCGAUCGUUUUCUACACUUGAACAGAAAAACGCGGAACCAUUAUCGUACGGUCUGCAAGGAGGAAGAAGAGGCGAUUCGCGUGGAGCUACAUGAAAGUUGCGGACGUGCCAAACUUUUCUGGCUGCUGGCGCUCGUUGAUUCGAAAACGUUGAAAGGGAUGCUGGAGUUCCGCAAUGGGAACAAUACGCUUGUGUGUGAUCCCCCAAAUGCCAUCGGGGUAUGUCGAUUCUGCGGCGUAACCGGCAAUACGGGGUUGCUAGCCGUGGGAAAUGUAUGCGUUGACCAGCAGUGCCAGGAAUAUGCUGCGAGCGCAUGUACCAAAGUGCAUCACUGUGGCCACCUGUGCGGCGGUAUUAUCAACGAGGAAAAGUGUCUGCCCUGUUUGCAGCAGAAAUGUCUAACGUCGGAGAGCAAAGCCAACGGAAAGGAACCGAAGCUGACCCAGGACGCGGAUGAUAUGUGCAUGAUCUGCUUUACCGAAGCCCUCUCUUCGGCGCCGUCGAUACAGCUGGACUGUGGCCAUGUGUUCCAUUUCCACUGUUGCAAGGCCGUCCUCACCAGACGGUGGAAUGGUCCGAGGAUAAGUUUUGGCUUCUCGCAGUGUCCUAUCUGCAAAAUGGACAUUCAGCAUUCGGCGCUGGGAGAUAUUUUGGAAUCGAUCGUUUCGUUGAAAGCGGACGUCAAACGGAAGGCUCUCAUGAGAUUGGAAUAUGAAGGCUUGGCGAAGAACUUGGACAGCAAGGAUCUGGCGGCGUAUGCGAUGGAACGUUAUGCGUACUACGUGUGCAGUCAGUGUGAAAAGGCAUAUUAUGGAGGUGAAGCACGUUGCGAUGCAGAACUUGGAGAAAACUACAAUCCGCAAGAGCUAGUUUGCGGUGGCUGUAGUGAUGUAGUCAAAGCCAAGAUGUGCCCGAAGCAUGGAACCGAUUUCCUGGAGUACAAGUGUCGCUACUGCUGCUCGGUGGCUGUAUUUUUCUGCUUUGGAACGACGCACUUUUGCGACACGUGCCACGACGACUUCCAACGGUUGACCAACAUUCCGAAGAACAAGCUACCCAAAUGCCCGGCCGGUCCAAAGGCAAAGCAACUGAUUGGGGAAGAGUGCCCGCUGCACGUGAUUCAUCCACCCACGGGAGAGGAGUUCGCACUUGGGUGUGGCAUCUGCCGUAAUGCUCAUACGUUCUGAGAGGAUUGAUCUAAAUGAUACUGAUAUUGUCGAAUAGAUGAACUUAUUAGUUUGAAAUCGAGGAUUGUUUUUUGUUAAGGCUUGGACCCAAUUACUUUUUAUAAGGUAUGAAAUUAUUUAAAUAGUUGUUGUAACGUUCUAGGAUAAAACAAUAGUAAGAUAAUAAAUGUACGCUGAUCGACACUAGAUACCUAACUGAAGGCUUUCUUUCUAUGAAACUAUAGAACGGCAAGUAUUAGAUCUCGCGAUCUGUAUUCAUUUUCACACUAAACGUAAAGUCUAUUAUGUACACACUUCGGCAAGCAGAAAUGAAACCGUUCUAGCUACAAUACAAUAUGUGUAACAAUCUACCACUUCAUUUCAGUAGUCUCUAACGCGCGAAUAAACUCUUCAAAGUUCGCAAACACA